AUGCAGCCAUGGCCUGCCGACAGCGAAGAAUUCGAAGACAUGCUCUUCAACCAAGCCGCCUCUAGUGACCACCUCCGGCAGCUCAUGAAGUUGGAGGAACAGGCGAUGGAAAGAUCGAUCAGAGCACCCCGGGCUGACGUACUGGGCAGGCAGCGCGAGCAGGUACUCCAGAGCAUGAUGGGCCUGACAAGCCGCUGCCAACUGGACCAGGAUGGCUGGUCCUGCUCCGUGUCUCUGCUCGACUCCUACUUGGCUUCCUCGGGCAACAUCGCGCACGACAUCCAGAUGCUUCCGCUGACCUGCGUCGCAGUGGUCCGAUUGGUCAAGAAGUUCCACGGGAACCGGGGUGUGCCUGACCAAAUUGGUUCUGCCAUGUGGCUCAGCAUGGCCAAGCAAAUGCUGCCGAUCCAAGGCAGGCAGAUGGAGCUUUCUGAGACGAAGCUCGGACAGCAUGAGUCCGAGAUCUUGCGGAGGAUGCAAUGGCAGAUACAGGAGCCGCUACAGCAGCAGUGGCUCACGCUGUACUGCCGGCGCUUCAGUGCCCUGACUUCACAGCAAUGUGAGCCUGCCAUCGCCUGGGUCAAGCAGACAUCCAUGUUCUUUGUCCGCUUGUUGCUCUUCGUGGAGGCGACUUCCACACGCAACCCGCCUCGGGAGUUCGCCCUCGGCAUCUUCUGCCUCGGCCUGGCGUGGAGACAGCUGCUAUCACCGGCGUGCCUUGCGCGCCUUCGCCCGGACGACGUCCCCGUCGCGCACUGGAGCUGUGCCUUGCAACAGCUCAGCCUUCCCGGGCAUGUCGAAUCCGCCCCCUCCUCGCUGGUUGAGGCGCUAUGUCUCGUUGAGGCGGCCACGGCGGCCAGCAGGACUGUACCCAUCCGUGCUCAAAUCCAGGAUUGCUUUAACAAGGAGGCAGGGCUGAACAGUGCCCCGUCCCCGGUGCUGCAGAAGUUUUCCGACUAUUUGUCCGGGCCGGCUGUGAUUCGUGCCGAGUCUGCCCAGGCCUUAUGGGUCCUCGGGGCCAUCUCCUUCAUGGUCACCGCGGGCUUCGUGUCCGUCUGGGCAUGGCGUGAGCACAGGGCCUGCGCCAAGAUGCUCAAAGUCCGGCCCAUGCGUCCGGUGGAGGUUCAGCUGGCGAGAACGAUCAACUUCUUCCCGCUGCCGAUCUGCGGUAUGGCCUUCUGCGUCCUGCUGGUGCCCUCGCUGGCCUAUUCUGGAGAACUGCUGAUUGCCAUCACGACGUGCGUGAUCAUGGCAGGCCUGGUCCAGUACAUCAUGUUGGCCUUGGGAGAUGGCUACUCUAGCAACAAGCUUCUCAACGAGACGCCCUUGAAGAAGUGGUGGCUUCCGAGCUACUGUGGAGGCGCGAACGACAUGCUUCCCGGCUUGGGGCUGGUGUACAGCCGCACCAAGCACAAGCUGGGGAUCGAGGACAUGCGGCGAUCGAUCAGCUUAGUUGAGAUCUUCAUCUGGAUCUUCGUGACGGCGAGUGUCCUGAUGGUUUCCAACAGCCUGAUUCCGAUGCCCGUCACGAAAGGGGAGGACGGCUACUGCCACACCGCCUCAGUCUUGCCAAGCGGUGUGUCCACGAGCAUGCUGAUUUUCCAGGUAUCAUCGCCCAAGCCGCCCAUCAUGCGCUUCCAGACAGCACCAGCGUCUCUGCCUCCCUCCCCUUGGGAAGCCGUGGAAUCAAAGCCUGAGGCCUCAAAGGAGGAGCUCCCUUUACAGUGA